AACCAUAAACCCUAAACCAAAUUAAGAGAACAAAAGAAAACCGGGUUUGACAAGAUGCUAAAGCUUCGUAGCUUCUGCAAUGGCGUCCAACCACUCUACUUCAUCCAGUCUUUCCGCCAUUUUCAACUGUUUUCAACUUCAACCUCAAACAACCAAGAGUUUGUCAAUUAUUUAGUAGAAUCUCUAGGUUUUUCCAGCGGACAAGCUCUCUCUAUUUCCACCAAAUUAGCUCGCAAUCGUCAAACUAGAGGUGCAAAAAAUUUCAAUGACUUCAAUAUGUGUAAAAAUGCUGAUUCAGUUGUUGCUUAUUAUACACAAAUUGGUGUUGAAUUAUUGCAUAUAAAAAAUACAAUUUGUUCUGUGCCUGACAUUUUGCUAGCCAAAGUCGACAAAAACCUAAAACCUAAGACUGAAUAUUUUAUUAGUUUGGGUUUUUCUGGGUCUGAUUUUGUUGGUUUGAUCAAGACGAAUCCUCGUGUACUUUUCCAUGGAUUAAAUACUGCCAUUAUUCCCUCAAUUCAAGCAUUAAAGGAAAUAAUGGGUAAUGAUUAUGAAGUGAGUUUAAUUUUAAAGAAAUCGCGUCAAUUUAGGCUUAAUAGUGUUUCCAAAACUUUGGUGCCAAAUGUAGCUUUGUUAAGGAAUUAUGGGAUCAACAUUGAUUUGAUUAGAAGACAAAUAUUAAAGGUAGCAUACCCAUUUUUCCGAAAUACCAAAUUUUUUGAGGAUGCAGUGGCUAGAGUUGAAAAUAAAAUGGGGAUUUCUAGAAAUUCUCCAAAAUUCAUGUUGGGAGUUCAUUUAUUAAACUGCAUUUCGGUGGAGAAAUUCGAGUCGAAAAUACAGAUUUUUAAAAACUUUGGGUGGACAGAGCUGGAUAUUGUAACCCUUUGUAGGAAUGCUCCUUUAACGUUUGCACUUUCUGAAGCUCUGAUCAAGAUUAAGUUGGAUUUUUUCAUGACUAAGCUUGGUUAUGAGUCGAAGGACUUUAGUAAGAAGUUUUUUAUUUUAGGAUUGAGCUUGGACAAGAGAAUAGUACCUAGGCACAAGUUCCUUGUAGUCUUAAAGGAGAAAGGUUUCAUUAAAGAGUACUAUUUUUAUAGUGCCAUGUUAUAUACUGAGUCCAACUUUGUGAAAAAGUUUGUGCUACCGUUCAAGGAAGUCCAUGAAGUUUAUUGCAAACAAGCAGAUAUGAGUUUGGAGACGUUAACUGUGGAAUUGUCAAAACUGAAUUCUGAUGCUGUUUGAUGGUAGCCAAAAGUGAACUCAAACAAUUCAUAAAGGAUCUUAUAAGGAAGUUGAUUCUCUAGUAAAGUGAGAUCGUGUCUAAUUUCAAAAGAUGUUCGUGUGCUUUGAAAUAUGAAAUCGGUUGCAGGUUCCCAUUGAGAAUAAGCUUCUUGAAUGAAUUCAUACAUUCCGUCAAAGCCAACCACUGCAGAAUUCUUGUUUUCAGACUUCUUGAAGAGCUUACGAAACCUUUUGGAAGGUACUUGAUCAUAUCAGAUGCUCUUGUUGUUCUUGUCGCAUUUGUAGUUAGAAUUCGUUCUUUUUUUCUUGUAGGCUCAUUAUCUAAUUUCGACAACCUAAGUAUCUUCCUACAUAGGUACUCAACUAUAAAGUACCCGUCAAUAAGUUUGUUUUGACGAACUCGUCUUCACUUUUUUUCGAGCUUCAUGGACUAAACCUUUCAUUAAAGUGAUAUAAGCUUCCAUCUCUGUUUCUUCGAUGUACUCGAUUGAUACAGGUGUUUCAAUUAUGCCAUUCUUUGUUCUGCAAUGACGCUACGACGCAUCAAACUAUAAGCGGAAAAACUUUCUUGUAACCUAGUCAUUUUUUUUUUGAUAUUAUGUAUUUUCCCUAAAAUAUGAACACUUAGAAAUUCAUUAACUAAAACUGAUGUCAUAAGGUCUUAAACUUGUAAUCUUAGACUCAUCUCAUGAGCUACAAGAUUUUAAUGAU